AAAAGAAGAAGGAAAAAAAGAGCGGGGCUCGGCUGCGAGAGGUUGAGCGCGGGGCUGACGGGCAUCGGCGGCGAUGGAAGAACUUACGGCGUUCGUCUCCAAGUCUUUUGACCAGAAAGUGAAGGAGAAGAAAGAAGCGAUCACCUACCGGGAGGUGCUCGAGAGCGGGCCGCUGCGCGGGGCCAAGGAUCCGGCCGGCGGCGCGGAGCCGGGCCGCGACGACCGCAGCAGCCCGGCAGUCCGGGCGGCCGGCGGAGGCGGCGGCGCAGGAGGAGGCGGAGGCGGAGGAGGCGGAGGAGGUGCAGGAGGAGGAGGAGGAGCGGGCGGAGGAGCUGGAGGAGGGCGCUCUCCCGUCCGGGAGCUGGACAUGGGCGCCGCCGAGAGGAGCAGGGAGCCGGGCAGCCCGAGGCUCACCGAGGUGUCCCCGGAGCUGAAGGAUCGCAAAGAGGAUGCGAAAGGGAUGGAGGACGAAGGGCAGACCAAAAUCAAGCAGAGGCGAAGUCGAACCAAUUUCACCCUGGAACAACUCAAUGAGCUGGAGAGGCUUUUUGAUGAGACUCACUACCCGGACGCCUUCAUGCGUGAGGAACUGAGCCAACGACUGGGGCUGUCAGAGGCCCGAGUGCAGGUUUGGUUCCAAAAUCGAAGAGCUAAAUGUAGAAAACAAGAAAAUCAACUCCAUAAAGGAGUCCUUAUAGGGGCAGCCAGCCAGUUUGAAGCUUGUAGAGUUGCACCCUAUGUCAAUGUAGGUGCUUUAAGGAUGCCAUUUCAGCAGGAUAGUCAUUGCAACGUGACGCCCUUGUCCUUUCAGGUUCAGGCGCAGCUGCAGCUGGACAGCGCCGUAGCGCACGCGCACCACCACCUGCACCCGCACCUGGCCGCGCACGCGCCCUACAUGAUGUUCCCGGCGCCGCCCUUCGGACUGCCGCUGGCCACGCUGGCCGCGGACUCGGCCUCCGCCGCCUCCGUUGUGGCUGCCGCUGCCGCUGCCAAGACUACCAGCAAGAACUCCAGCAUUGCGGAUCUCAGACUGAAAGCCAAAAAGCACGCGGCCGCCCUGGGUCUGUGACGCCAGCGCCCACGUUGCGCCUCCAGCGCGCGUGCAGAAUGCGCGACCUCUGCGCCCCACUGCUUCUCCGUCACCCCCUCCACACCUCGGAGCCCAGCCUCUUUCCGCUUGGCUGAUCGCCCCUUGCCCGCUUCAGCAUCUCGGACUCCCCUCGAAUUCGGAGGGCAGGACUCUGCGCAGGACCUGCGAUGCCAUAAGGCACACCGACUUGGUGGCUCCUGACCAUUCACCUACUCAAGGGCCUAGGAUUCAGCUUUGUAGGGCCGGUUUUGGAAAGUCCGGAGAUUGGACGAGGGAGUGGCGGAACGGCGGAGUGUGGCUAGUGGCAAAGACGCAAGGAUGGACUCUUGCGUAGAAAUAAAAAUCCUGUUAAUAAAAAAGGAGGGGAAAAAAGCUGAAAAGACAAACAGAAAAAGAAAGGGAACUUAUUUCUUACUGCUAUUUGAAAGAGGCUGAAAUCGGAGAGAGAACCAAGGAACAAAAAGAUUUAAAAAUUAAAAUAUUUUAUACAUUUAAAAAUAUGGAAAAAUAACCUGGAUGCAUCUCGAGAGAAGAGGGGUUGGGGAGUUACCAACUUAAAGUGUAUGUCUCUCUCCCCCCAAAUGGGCUAAGAAAGCAAAACAGAAGGAAGAGGUAUACUUAUUUAAAGAGUUAAGAUUUAAAAAAAAGUGCGGAGCUGGGAAAUUCACAGGUUUUGAAACUGACCUUUUUCUGCGAAGUUCACUUUAAUACGAGAAAUUUGAUAAGAGAGGCGGGCCUCCUUUUACGUUGAAUCAGAUGCUUUGAGUUUAAAACCACCACGAAUGGAAGAGCAAGAAGAGGGAAGAGAGUAUAAAAACAAGAAGAAAAAAUGAUAAUACAAAAAUGAUACCACAGACUGAUUUCUCUGAGAAAUUCUUAUGGCAGAACUGUCCAGACUGCUGGCAGUAAAUUCCGGUUUGCAUGUUACUUGUAUUCCAUUGAUGGUGUCUCCCCCCUUCCCUGCUUUACGCACAUGUACUUACUUCAUUUUCAUCUUCAGUAUGAAAACCAAUACCAAAAGCGUCUAAAAAUUGAUGUAUAUCUAUCUACAUAUAUAUUUUUGCCCCGUCUUUGAUCCUGGGGGACAAAAGAAAAAAGUCG